CACCCCCACCCCCAUACCACCUACCAACCUACACAAACAGUAGUACCCCAUGACUCUUGAACAUCAGCAAGAGCCAUAAUUCCCCAAUAAACUAACCUUCAUCCAUUAUUAUAUCAUAUAAAUCCCAUCGCUCUCUCAUUUGAUCCCCUAUGUAUUCAGGGGGGUUUUACAGUUCGUAAAGUGACAACAAUGGCGAGCAUUUCAAAUGCGCUGUCUCUGAAGCACGGCCUUUCUCUUUGGUGCCCUCAGUCAACGCCUUCGGUCAACCGAAUUUCUCAGCCUUGUUCGAUUUCCUCCACUAAUUUCCGGAGAAGAUCGUUCUCUGUUUCCGCUUCAUCGUUCGCCAAUGAAAAUCGAGAGUUUGUGAUUGUAGGAGGUGGAAAUGCCGCCGGUUAUGCAGCUAGGACUUUCGUCGAACACGGCAUGGCUGAUGGAAAGCUUUGCAUUGUUUCUAAAGAGGCGUAUGCUCCUUAUGAACGUCCAGCAUUGACGAAAGGUUACUUGUUCCCUCAUGAUAAAAAGCCUGCUCGUUUACCGGGUUUCCAUACUUGUGUUGGCUCAGGCGGUGAAAGACAGACUCCUGAUUGGUACAAGGAGAAAGGGAUUGAGAUGCUGCAUGAAGAUCCAGUUUCAGACAUUAAUAUCGAAAAGCAAACAUUGAAAACAAGUUCAGGAAAAUUACUCAAGUUCGGAUCCCUCAUAAUUGCUACUGGAUGUACUGCCUCUAGAUUUCCGGAUAAAAUCGGAGGAAACCUAUCGGGUGUUCACUAUGUUCGCGAUGUUGCAGAUGCCAAUUCACUGAUAUCAUCAUUGGAGAAGGCAAAGAAAGUUGUGGUAGUUGGUGGUGGCUAUAUUGGCAUGGAAGUUGCAGCAGCAGCUGUUGCUUGGAAAGUCGACACCACUAUUAUUUUCCCAGAAGAACAUUUGAUGACGAGAUUGUUUACUCCUUCUCUAGCACAAAAAUACGAACAACUAUACCAAGAUUUCGGCGUCAAAUUUGUCAAGGGUGCUUCCAUAAGUAAUUUAGAAGCUGGUUCCGAUGGUCAUGUAGUUGGUGUUAAACUUGCGAAUGGUUCCAUCAUCGAAGCAGACACGGUAGUUGUUGGUAUUGGAGCUAAACCAGCUGUUGGUCCGUUCGAAAGUGUUGGUUUAAACAACACUGUGGGUGGAAUACAGGUUGAUGGCCUGUUUAGAACAAGUAUACCGGGAAUUUUUGCUAUUGGAGAUGUUGCAGCUUUCCCUUUGAAGAUUUAUGAUCGAACGACACGAGUUGAGCACGUUGACCAUGCUCGUCGGUCAGCACAGCAUUGUGUUAAAUCACUACUAACUGCACACACUGACACGUAUGACUAUCUCCCGUAUUUCUACUCUCGAGUAUUUGAAUACGAAGGCAGCCCAAGGAAAGUAUGGUGGCAAUUCUUCGGGGACAAUGUUGGUGAGACUGUUGAAAUCGGGAAUUUCGAUCCAAAAGUUGCAACAUUUUGGAUAGACUCUGGAAAACUGAAAGGAGUUCUUCUCGAAAGUGGAAGCCCUGAGGAGUUUCAACUUCUUCCUAAAAUCGCAAGGAGCCAGCCUUUUGUUGACAAAGCGAAACUCGAGAAAGCAUCUUCGGUUGAGGAAGCACUUGAGAUUGUGCAAUCAUCCUUAAAAGUUGAAGCUGCUGUUUAGUUUCUCUGUCUGAAAUAUAUUUAGAGUCGGCUCCUCGCAGUAAACUUGUCGUCUUUUUCUAGCUAAAUGUCUGAAAACUAUGGCGGGCCCCGACGAUACGCUGAGAUCGGUACGGUACACCUGAGAAGAACUCUUCAUCCCUCAUUCUACAUCUUAUAUAUAUGCUGCAAAAAAAAAAAAAAUUGUAUUCACAUGAUAAAGGAUUGUCUGUCUGUAUAACAUUUGAAAUAAAUGAAAGAAGCCAUUGCAUUAAAUUAUUCACUAGGUUUCAGAUUUCUGUUU